UCACUUUCUCUCACUCUCCCUGCCUCCUUCCCUCUCUCUCUGUGUCUCACUCUCCCUGCCUCAUUCACUCUCUCUCCGUGUCUCACUCUCCCUGCCUCAUUCACUCUCUCUCCGCCUCUACGCGCGCACUGAGAUCGCACGGCCCCUGAAGGAACGUAGAUUGGACGGGAGAGAAACUCAGAAACUCAGACUCAGAGAGACUCGAAUUCGAGACUCGGAGAUCGUGCCAGAGCCGUGAGCCCGGAUUGCUGCCCCGCAAUGCUGCCCCUGCUGAGGCCACCCCUGUUGAGGCUGCCCUACCGAGGGCUUCCCCGUGCUGCUGCCCGGUCGACCCUUCACCGUGCACUCCACGCAAGCCGGGGUCUCUGCUCAACUGGGCCGGUACAGGGACCCAAGAACGAGGAGGGGGCGGAGGACGCAGGAUUGGGGGGUGCUGGAGGGGCAACCCCAGCUCGCCUCUCCUGGAGCUACGUGCACGGCGCCUCGCAGUGCCCCCUGCUGGGCUCCACUCUGGGCGCGAGCCUCGAGCUCGCGGCGCGCGCCCAGCCCCAGCGCGCGCUCCUCAUCUGCGCCGAGCGGCGCGCCGAGUUCACCUACAGCCACCUGCUCGAGCGGGCGGACCGCAUGGCCGCGGGGCUGCUGGCCCUGGGCGUGACGCGUGGCGACCGCCUGGGGAUCUGGGGCCCCAACUCGGCCGAGUGGGCGCUCACCGCGCUGGCCGCAGCGCGCGCCGGCAUCGUGCUGGUGAACAUCAACCCGGCAUACCAACCCCAGGAGCUGGAGUUCGCCCUCAAGAAGGUUGGCUGCAAGGGGAUCGUCUCUGCGGUGGAGUUUAAAGGUCGCAACUACCUCGACCUCUUGACUCAGCUCUGCCCCGAGCUGCCCUCCAGCUGCCCUGGAGACCUCCACUCUGCCCGGCUCCCUGAUCUCCGGGUGGUCAUCUCGCUGGUGGAGGGGGAGCCGAAUCCCGGGGCUCUGUCCUUGCGUGAGGUCGAAGGCCGCGCCACCCCGGGCCUGGAGGCAGAGCGCCACGCGAUCCACUCGGCGCUGUCGUGCGACGAUCCCAUCAACAUCCAGUACACCUCGGGAACCACGGGGCAGCCAAAGGGAGCGACGCUCACGCACCACAACAUCCUCAACAACGCCCACCUCCUGGGGGAGCGCAUGGGCUACCACUGGAGGGACGUGCGCGUGGCGUUGCCCGUGCCACUCUACCAUUGCUUCGGCCUCGUCGCCGGCCUCCUGAGCUGCGUGGCCCACUCAGGGACCCUGGUGCUGCCAUCUGCAGCCUACAGCGCCAGGGCCACGCUUACCGCUAUCCAAACUCACCGCUGCACUGUGUUGUACGGCACGCCCACCAUGUUCGUGGACAUGCUGAACGAUCCCGACUUCCACUCCUUCGACCUCUCCUCCCUGCAGACAGGGGUUGUGGCUGGUUCCCCGUGUCCCCCUGAGCUGUUCCGGCGGGUCGUGGACUCCAUGAAGCUGCCCGACUUCGUGAACGCAUACGGGACGACGGAGAACAGCCCGGUGACUUUCUGCGGGUUCCCUCGCGAUGGCCUCACCACCAAGAUUGACACCGUGGGCAGAGUGCUGCAGCAUUUGGAGGCCAAGGUGGUGGGGCCCGGCUCGAGCCCUCCGCUGCGCGUGGGCGAGCAGGGGGAGCUGUGCGUGCGGGGACACUGCGUGAUGCGCGGGUACUGGGGGGACAGCGUCAAGACGCGGGAGUGCAUCACGCCCGACGGGUGGUACCACACCGGCGAUGUGGCCGUGAUGGACGAGCUGGGUUACUGCCGCAUCGUGGGGCGACUCAAGGACCUCAUCAUCCGCGGAGGGGAGAACGUCUACCCUGCCGAGGUGGAGGCGCUGCUGCACACUCACCCCUCGGUCCUGGAAGCACAGGUGGUGGGCGUGUUCGAUGAGCGCAUGGGGGAGGAGGCUUGCGCCUGCCUCCGCCUCCAGCCCGGAGUGGCGGCGCUCUCCGCUCGCGACCUCCACUCCUUCUGCAACACCAAGAUCGCUCACUUCAAGAUUCCAAAAUACGUAGAGAUCGUGGACUCCUACCCCCUCACGGUGACUGGCAAGAUCCAGAAGUUCAAGCUCAGGGAGCAAAUGGAGAAGAAGCUGGGGCUGAAAUGAGCGCACGCACGCACAUACACGUGGGGAUCUACACACAGACACAGAACCACAUAUAGACUCGCACACACACAUUACGGCGAUCUACACAAGGACAUAGAACCACAUACAUACAGACAACAACAACAACCGCCAUUCGCCACUAAGUGGCGGUGACGUCACCACGACGCGUGUGCCAGGCUACGUGCACCCUGAGGCCACGUGAAGUGUUGAACGCCCGCUG